AUGUCCGCGAAAGCGAGCGGCGCCGAUACCUCGGCCAACGGCAGCGCCCGCCAUCGCGAGCACCACGACGGCUCCUCCGGCCGCGCCUACACCGUCGAGCAGAAGGCCGCCGUCCUGCGCAUCCGCCGCUGCAGCCCCACGGCCUUUUACGAGAUUCUCGGUCUCGAGGAUGUCAAGACAACAUGCACGGAUGGCGAAAUUAAGAAGGCGUAUAGGAAGCUGAGUCUGCUCACGCAUCCGGAUAAGAACGGUUAUGAAGGUGCGGACGAGGCGUUUAAGAUGGUUUCGCGAGCAUUCCAGGUCCUCUCCGAUGCGGAUAAGAAGGCCAAGUACGACAGAUUUGGCGGCGAUCCAGAAUCACGUUUCGGCGGCGGCGGCGCAUCCUCAGCCUCGGCCGGAGCGUCUCCGUUCAGUGGAUUUGCACGGUCUCCCGGCGGCGCAGGACGGGGACCCAUGUUCGAGGAGGAGAUUUCGCCGGAAGAGAUGUUCAGACAGUUCUUUGCCGGGGGUAUGGGUGGUUUUGGAGGACCAUUUGGUAUCAAGGCUAACUUUUCUCCAGGCGGCGGUCUCUUCGACACCGGCCCAGGCUUUGUCUUCAACCUCGGCGGCGGCCCCGGCAUUCGCGUCCACCAGUUCGGCGGCGGGCGACCUCGUCGCCGUCCCGCGACCGCGGCGCCCGAAACACCACAACCCAGCCUCACGAGCGCGCUGUCAUCACUUCUACCGCUCCUUCUCCUCUUCGUCCUCCCGCUCCUCUCGUCCCUCUUCUCGGGCAGCACGGCGCCCUCCACGGGCCCAAGCGUGAGCUUCGAGCCCGUCGGUCCGCCCUUUACGCAGCAACGCACCAGCGCCCGUCUCAAGAUCCCGUACUGGCUCAACCCGACCGAAGUUGAGGAUUUCAGCCAACGCAAGCUCAAGGACCUGGACCGCACGGCCGAGAUCCGCUAUAUGAGCAAGCUGAACUACGAGUGUGAUUCUGAGCGCCAGCAACAAAGCCGCUUGUUGCAGGAGGCGCAGGGCUGGUUCUUCAUCGACGAGACCAAGAUGCGCGAGGCGCGUACUAUGCCGAUGAAGUCGUGUAAGAGAUUGGGCGAGCUGGGAUAUGCCCGGAGAUGA